GAUGACCUUUGCCCCAUGGGUCAUUGUUGCUUUCUCCAUGUCUGGGAGAACUUGAUACUCUUUCCUACAACUUUAUCCGACUGAAUUCCAGGCUGAUCAAAUAUGAAGAACCUGGAGCUUCUCCAGUGUGUCCAUCAGGAGUGUAUACCUGCUAGUCUGGGUGCACCAUGCUGCAUCGCUGUGGACUCCGACACCGGUACUGUGUACGCUGGUACAGACACCGGCCUGGUGGCUCUGGAUGGAGACAGUCACUCUAUGUUGUGUAGUGUAUCUCUGCGGGAGGCAGGUUACCUGUGUGAGACUGACAACAGUCACCUGGUGGGGAUACAGUACAUGUACGACCAGGACUCUGUGUGUGUGGCCACUUCCUCAGGAGAUGUCAUCUUAUGGAACAUCCCAACUCAGGAGUUGGAGUGUGUUGGAACAGUGGACAGUGGACUGACUUGUAUGGCCUGGAGUCCCAAUCAGGACCUUGUUCUUCUUACAACAGGUGAAGAAAAGAUGGUGAUGAUGACCAGUGAUUUCAACCCCAUCUCUGAGACCAGUAUUCAUCAGGAGGAGUUUGGGGAAGCUGAGUUCAUCACUGCUGGCUGGGGGAAGAAAGAAACCCAGUUCCAUGGAUCAGAAGGGAAACAGGCAGCUUUUCAACAAAAAGAGUCCGUCAGUCCAGCCUUGCCAUGGGAUGACAGGAGACCACGAGUCAGCUGGUGCAGGGAUGCCUUUGUUGUCAGUUCUGUCAGUCCAGUGGAUGGUGCCAGACGGCUGCGCGUGUGGAACAGGGACUGUGUGCUGCAGGCGACCAGUGAGAAUGUCUCCAUGUUAGAGCAGGCUCUGUCCUGGAAGCCUUCCGGCAGCCUGAUAGCAUCUACUCAAAGAAAACCUCACCGACAUGAAGUUGUCUUCUUCGAAAAGAAUGGACUGAGACAUGGAGGGUUUGUCUUGCUUUUUGGGAAGGACGAAAUAAAGGUGCUGGAGCUCCUGUGGAACUCAGACUCUACAGUGCUGGCAGUCUGGCUGGAGGAGUUGUCUCCAGUGCAGGAAAAAGGAGCUGGUGAUGAGGACAAAUCUUUCACACCCAGUACAUAUGUUCAACUAUGGACAGUCAGUAACUACCACUGGUACCUGAAGCAGAGUCUCCAAUUUGGGAAGAGCCUGACAGACAAACCUACAGCAGUGGUCUGGGACGCUGAACAUCCUUACAGGUUACACCUUGUGUGCCAUGGAGGCCGAUAUGUGAUGUAUGAAUGGACAUGGGUCAUCAACAGGAGCGAUGGCAGGACGUCUGACGACAACUCGUACGUUGCUGUCAUUGAUGGAGACAAGGUGCUGCUGACUCCAUUUCGCCAGGUGGUGAUCCCACCCCCGAUGAGUGCCUACAGCCUACAGCUGCCCACACCUGUUAGCCAGGUGCUGUUCUCACCAUCCCCUGGGGUCAACGACCUGGCAGCUGUGCUCACUGAUGGGACUGUUGUCUUCUACACACUUGAUUUAAAGCAGCCAGAGGAAGAAGUGAGUGGUGACACCAGUGUCUGUGUGAAUGCUGCCGGAGGGACAGGGUUCAAACCUGCUGUCCGCAUGCAUGUUCAACACCGCAGACUGGGGCUUUCUUGUUGUAUAUCACAAGAGAAGUGGAGAUGUGCCCAGACCCUCCACCACUUUGUGUGGCUUGCUGAGGACCAGCUGCUGACAGUUUCCUGGGACCCCUCGUCAUCCACAUCAGUCCUGUACCACCUGGGGACACAGGAGGAACAGGCAACUCUCUUACACCAGGUGGCUGUAGAAGGCAGGGUGUACCAGCUGUGUCGCAGCUCGGAUGGACACAGUGUAGCCAUAGAACUGACAGAUGGUACAGUGUUCCGGUAUCACAUAGACAAAGUUGCGGCCUGUCCAGUGUUGGAGCCAUGGAGAAGCCAAGAUGGCGUGCCGGUCAAGUUUUCUGUACUGUGUUCCCAGAUGGGACUGUGCAGCAUGGGUGGACAUGAGACUGUUCUUGGUCUGAGUGACAAGUUCAGAUUGUUCAUCAAUGGUGACGAGAUUUCCAGCAAUUGCACAUCGUUUGCUGUGCACAAUGACCACCUGCUGCUGACCACCCAUGCCCACACUUGUGCAUGUCUUCCACUUCACACAGCCAGCAAAGAUCUGUCCUCAGCCAUAGAUGAGAAGACACGCAGGGUUGAGAGGGGAAGUCGACUGAUCACUGUUGUUCCAUGGGAUACAAAGGUUAUUCUACAGAUGCCACGGGGUAACCUUGAAACUGUUCACCCCAGAACUCUGGUGUUGGGACUAGUCCAGAAGAUGAUUGACAGUCAGCAGUUCCUGGAAGCCUUUCUUGUCAUGAGGAAACACAGAGUCAACCUCAACUUGCUGUGUGACCUCAACCCUAAGGUGUUCCUGUCCUGUGUACCAGAGAUGGUGACUCAGCUGAAGGACAUCAACUUUAUCAACCUGUUCCUCACAGAACUCAGGGAAGAAGAUGUGACAAAAACAAUGUACUCAGAGUACUGCUGCAGUCCUGAUGGUGAGAACAGCUGGGAUCUACAGGCCAAGUCCAAGAUGGAUCAAGUCUGUGAUGUUGUUAAGGAUGCUUUGGAGGGUCUGGACAGUGAAAAGUACCUUCUUGGGAUUCUAACAUGUCACAUCAGAAAGGCACAACCAGAACUAGAGGUCUGCUUACAGAAGAUCCAGGAAAUCUGGGACACUCCUCCCCAAAGCCGGGAUGGCGUGAGUGCAGAGGAGGCCCUGAACUAUGUCCUACUCCUGGUGGAUGUGAACGAGCUGUUCAACGUGGCACUGGGCACAUACAACCUUAGACUUGUACUCAUGGUGGCCGAGAAGUCACAAAAGGAUCCAAAGGAAUAUUUGCCAUUCCUGAAGCAGCUACAGAACAUGGAGGAGAACCUGCAGAGGUACACGAUAGAUCUGCACCUGAAGAGGUACCACAAGGCCAUCCAACACCUCAGUAAAUGUGGUCCUGACAGAUUUGCAGACUUGCUGGCCCUUGUAAAAGAACACAAACUGUACAGAAGUGCUCUUCAGCUUUACACCACAGACAGCAAGGAGUACAGGGACAUCACAGUGGAGUAUGGAGAAUACCUUCUGAAGAAGGGACAUGUGGAGGAGGCAGGCCUGAUGUUCAGUAGAUGUGAGGAGUGGGAGAGGGCUCUACAGGCCUAUGAGCAGUGUUUAAUGUGGCCCUUCCUUGUUGUUCUAUAACAGGACAUCACAGUGGAGUAUGGAGAAUACCUUCUGAAGAAGGGACAUGUGGAGGAGGCAGGCCUGAUGUUCAGUAGAUGUGAGGAGUGGGAGAGGGCUCUACAGGCCUAUGAGCAGUGCUGUAGUUGGCGCCAGGCCCUGUGUGUGUCCUGCAGACUACACUACAGCACGCAGCAGACUGCCCAGCUGGCUCUCAGGAUGGCAGAUUUUCUGAGAAACAAUGGCAGACAUUGUGAGGCAGCUGUUCUGUUGGAGCAGUAUGUUCAGGAUGAGGAGGGAGCAAUCAUCACCUUGUUGGAAGGUAGCCAAUGGGAGGAGGCUCUUAGAGUGAUAUACCAGCACAGCCGGACAGACAUCAUUGAUACCAACUUUAAACCUGCACUGUUGGAAGCAUCUCAGAGACAGCUUGCUUUCCUACAGGAAAACAAAGCACUGUUCAUCAGACAUAAGGACAGACUUGCUGUUGUGAGGAAAGAAAAAUCCAUGGCUUGCACAGAAAUCUUAGGUGAUGACCAUGGAGACCAGGACGCUGACCUGUACUCUGAUACCAGCAGCACCACCAGGACACACUCAACUCGAGGCUCUACAAAGUACUCAGGCACCUCCAAAACAUCAGGACGAUCAUCCAAGAGUAGGAGGAAAGCAGAACGGAAGAAGCUCAGUCUCAGAGAAGGCAGCCCCUAUGAAGAUAGUGCUUUGCUAUCGGCACUAAAAGAUAUAAUAGAUGCAGUAGACAAAUCCAAAGAUGAUGUCCAUCAGUUGCUGAAAAUGUUGGUACUGUUUGGACUUGACUCGGAUGCUGGGAUGAUCCAGUCAUCACUGGAAGCGACCCUGAGUCUGAUUGACAGCUGUACAUCAGAGAUCUGGCAGACUGGUAGUGGUAGUGGCUCUGCACAGACACAGAUGACCCUUGGCCCCCAUUCAACUGUCAAUAGCAUCAUCGCAUCUAUGAAUGCUGGACCACAGCCAGUAGAUACAGUAGUUGCUGUCCCUCCACCAGCUAGGCUGAAGGACUCCAAGUGGAAACUGUCAAUACUCGAGGGAACAUGAUCCAAAGGAACAUGCAAGAAAGGAGCUGUAUAUUGUGUAAUCAUUAUAGUAAUAUUAUACAAAUGAUAUUGUCACACAUCUGGAGACCAUAAUCCUUACUAUUGUGAAGCACUUUUAUUUUCAGAAAGAAAGAUUUCAUUUCAAUGAUUACAACAUGAGGUUUUAAAGUCUACUUUGUCUUUAGACCACAUCAGUUUGAUAUUUUGGUACUUGUGAAAUUAAAUCCCCAAAAACUUAAAGGCAUUUAUGGUAUGCUUAUUUGAUGCAUAACUCCUACCACAAAGCUGGAAAUCUAGCACCAGAAAAAUAUGAAUUUGAAAAUUGUGGCAUUGAAAUUAGCAACAGAUUAAGGACAACAUUGUCUCAUCAGGUCACAGGCUAUUGUUCUACUUGAAACUUUGAAUAAACAUGGCCCAGUUGUCAACAGUU